AUGAUCGGCAGAAGGGAAAGAACGGGCUGUUCAGUCAUCCCAUUCCUGCCUUAUAACAGCCCAAAUGGCAAGGGUGCUGCACCCAUCCAGCCCCACAAACACCCUCUCUUUCUCUUUGACAGGCGGCUCUUCGCCGUCCUUCUGGUGACGGUGUCCUGCACGGUGCAAGGCUCUGUCUACCUCUCUCAGAAGCUCUACGGAGAGGUGACCUCCCCUCUGUACCCCAAGCCUUACCCCAACGACUUAGAGACAACCACCGUGAUCACAGUCCCCACGGGGUACAGGGUAAAACUUGCCUUCUGGCAGUUUGAUGUGGAGCCUUCUGAUGGCUGUUUCUACGACUAUGUCAAGAUUUCUGCUGAUAAGAGAACUCUGGGGAGGUUCUGUGGGCAGCUGGGGUCUGGCCUGGGCAAUCCCCCAGAAAAGAAAGAAUUCACGUCCCAGGGGAACAAGAUGCUGCUGACCUUUCACACAGACUUCUCCAAUGAAGAGAAUGGGACCACCAUGUUCUACAAGGGCUUCCUGGCUUACUACCAGGCUGUGGACCUUGACGAAUGUGCAUCCCAGCCCAACUCAGCGGACGAGGGUCCCCAGCCCCGAUGCCAACACCUGUGUCACAACUAUGUCGGAGGCUACUUCUGUUCCUGCCGUCUGGGCUACAAGCUUCAGAAAGAUGGGCAGUCCUGCCAAGCCGAGUGCAGCAGUGGACUGUACACGGAGCCCUCGGGCUACAUCUCUAGCCUCGAAUACCCUCAGCCCUACCCACCGGAUCUGCGCUGCAACUAUAGCAUCCGGGUAGAGCGGGGCCUCACUCUGCACCUCAAGUUCCUGGACCUUUUUGAAAUCGAUGACCACCAGCAAGUACACUGCCCCUAUGACCAGCUCCAGAUCUAUGCUAACGGGAAGAACCUGGGUGAGUUCUGUGGAAAGCAAAGGCCUCCAGAACUUGACACCAGCAGCAACGCAGUAGAUCUGCUGUUCUUCACAGAUGAGUCUGGGGACAGCCGAGGCUGGAAGCUGCGCUACACCACUGAGAUCAUCAAGUGCCCCCAACCCAAGGUCCUAGAUGAGUUCACCAUCAUCCAGGAACCGCAGCCUCAGUACCAGUUCCGGGAUUACUACAUUGUCACCUGCAAACAAGGCUACCAGCUCAUGGAGGGAAGCCAGCCGCUGCUCUCCUUCACAGCUGUUUGCCAGGAUGAUGGCACAUGGCAUCGCGCCAUGCCCAGGUGCAAGAUCAAGGACUGUGGGCAGCCCCGAAGCCUGCCUAAUGGGGACUUCCGCUACAUCACCCCAAAAGGCGUGAACACCUAUGAAGCCAGCAUCCAGUAUCAUUGCCAUGAACCAUACUACAAGAUGAGGACCAGAUCUGGCAGUAGCGAGUCCAUACGAGGGGUGUAUACCUGCACAGCCCAGGGCAUUUGGAAGAACGAAGAGGACGGGGAGAAAAUGCCUCGGUGUCUGCCAGUGUGUGGGAAGCCAGUCAACCCUGUGACUCAGAAGCAACGCAUCAUCGGAGGACAGAAAGCCAAUCCGGGCAACUUCCCCUGGCAGGCAUUCACCAAUAUCCAUGGGCGAGGGGGCGGGGCCCUGCUCAGAGACCGCUGGAUCCUUACCGCAGCUCACACCAUCUACCCCAAGGGGUACAACAGAGAAAACAAUGCCACUAUAGAUGUUUUCCUGGGCCACACAGAUCUGAUGCAGAUCCAAGAAUUGGGACAUCACCCAAUCCGUAGGGUCAUCAUACACCCAGACUACCGCCAAGAUGAACCUAACAAUUUUGAAGGAGACAUUGCCCUGUUAGAGCUGGAAAACAGUGUCACACUGGGCCCCAACCUCCUUCCCGUCUGUCUCCCAGACAACGAGACCUUCUAUGACCAAAACCUCAUGGGUUAUGUCAGCGGCUUUGGGAUAACAGAAGAUAAGAUAGCUUUUGGUCUCAGGUUUGUCCGUCUGCCUGUAGCUGAUCGAGAGGCGUGCCAGAGAUGGCUCCAGACGAAAAAGAGUAGUGAUGUCUUUUCUCAAACCAUGUUCUGUACGGGGGACCCGACCCAAAAGCAGGACGCCUGCCAGGGAGACAGUGGGAGCGUUUUUGCAGUCAGGGACCGCAGUCGUGAUAUCUGGGUGGCCACAGGCAUCGUGUCCUGGGGCCUCGGGUGUGGUGAGGGAUACGGUUUCUACACCAAGUUACUCAGUUACGUUGACUGGAUCAAGAAAGAGAUGGGAGAGGAAGACUGAACCCAACGUUCACUAGGUCAGAAUCCAAUGUAUAGUGUAUUAAAGAAAGA